ACAUUAACCCUAAAAUUUUUAAGACAAUGGAAAAGGUCAAAAAAGACUAUUCCUUUAUUCCUUUCUAUCAAUUUGGGAUUGAAAAUUUCCAUUUAUUUGGUUGUUUCGUGAAGGAAAUUAAUCAUUUGCGGACUAACAAAAUCAUCUGAUCUUGAGGUGGAAACAAUAAAGUUGGCUGCUUUUUGAGUUCGUAUGAGGUGGGUCUGAAUUUGGAUUUAGUGUUUGGAUUGAAGGAAAAUUGAUAAGAGUUUCAAAUUUCCUUUCGUUUUUUUCUCUUUUCAAUUUAAAAUUCUGGGUUUGAUUUCAAAUGGUCAAUUUCCUUAGCUCAAUCUCAGUCUGCAACUCCGUUGACCAGGCUUCAAUCAUGGCAAAUUCCGUGAAUUCAAAUGAUUUUCUGAUGAACUCCAAAUCAUCAUCGUCAAGGAAACAAAAGGUAUCCACCAAUUCACCAAGUUGUUUAAAAAUUCCUUCUUGUGAAAGAUCAAGAUCUGCUGCCAUUGAUGUAUUCAUCUUAAUUGCUGUGAUUGCUGCUUGUGGAUUCUUGUUGUUCCCAACUAUCAAGUGUAUGUCUUUGAAACUCAUUGAAUUGAUUGAAGCAGCCUUUUAUUUGUUUAAAGAGGAAAUUGUGAGAACUCCAAUGAUAUAUGCAUCUAUAGGACUAGGUUUUUCUUGUGCUGCCAUAGCUACUUGGAUUUUGCUUCUAUGUACAAAUAGGAAAUGCAGGAACCCUAAUUGUAGAGGUCUUAGGAAAGCGGCUGAAUUCGAUAUCCAAUUGGAAACCGAAGAGUGUGUUAAGAACUCCAACACUUUGGUUAAAGACGGUGCUAAAAGAGGGCUCUUCGAGUUGCCCCCGGAUCAUCAUAAGGAAUUAGAAACCGAGUUAAAGAAGAUGGCGCCGGUUAACGGAAGAGCAGUGCUCGUGUUUCAAGCUCGGUGUGGAUGUUCUGUUGGUAGAUUGGAAGUUCCGGGGACGAAGAAGCAAAGAAAGGUCAAGAAGUAGGAUUUGAUAGAAACAUGAAUUAAAAGCAAAUACAGAAAACUAGUCAUAAUGCAGAGAGGAGAGUGCCUUCUCUGGUUAGUUUAAAUAAGCUCUUAUGGCUAUAAGUUGUAAGGAUUAUAUACAAUUGAUUAUAGUGGAGAAUAUAAUAAUCUUUUCUUUUAUGAUAA